UUUUAGGUCAAUUAAUUCAUAUUCAGCUUCUUUCUUCUUCCGCAGACUCUCCUUGUAAUAUUCAUCUCUUCCGCUACUCUCUUUGAUUUCUCAAUUCGAUCAAUUCUUCAGAUUCUUGUAAUCAAAUUGUUAAUAUGGUAUCAGAUUAGGUUCUGAUCUCUAUCAUCUUUUCUGAUUUCAUUUUUUUUCUCGAUUUCUAUAAUCGAUCUUCAUCAUAUAAAACCCUAGUUCUUCGCUCAAAUUUUUGAUGCGAUGAGUCAUUCUGCUACUUUACCCUUGCAUCCUCUUGAUGAUCCUUCAUCUCCGUACUACCUGCAUCCAAGCGACCAUGUCGGUCUGCGUAUCAUCUCUAAAAUGCUUCAUGGAGACAAUUUCAAUGCUUGGCAGAAGUUGGUUGUGAUGGCUUUUUCUGUAAAAAACAAGAUGGCUUUUCUGGAUGGUUCCAUCGAGCAGCCCGGAUUGCAGUGAAAUUGUUAAUGGGCCUAGAAUGCUGUUCUGUAACCAGGGGAUUGGAGAGGUGGUGUCACUCCAACCACCGGAUUGCAGUGAAAUUGUUAAAGUUGGACUGAGAUACGACCCAACAUGUAACAACUAUAAGGUAGUGACAUUGUCAGCCUCCGAAAAUGGUAGAACCAGUUCUUGGACAGUGGAUGUGUACUCGGUCAGAGAUGGAUGCUGGCACACUUUACAUGGCAUUGGAGGAUCCCUUAAACACUUUGACUCAUACUCAUUUGAUGGUGAAGCUGUUUUGAAUGCCAAUGGAAGAGUUAUUAAUUGGCUGGGUUUCCAUAAAGUUUGGACCAUGAUUUUGAUUAGUAUAAUAUUAUGGAAUUUAUGAAUUUUAUACUUUUAACAAAGAUCUUUUUCAUAUCAUUUAUAUAUUAUAAAUAGUUUUCAAUAAAAAUACAUAUUUGGUCAAAAUUUUAAAGAUGACAAAGUUUUUAGGGAUGAAGGUAGUAUUACAGUUGGCUUACCAAGUCAGUUAGCAGAUGUUUAAUUAUCUCACGUUUGAUGUUCUCUAAAAUAAAAACUUUAAUUUGCA